GGAGGGCCGAGAGACUAGGAGCCCAGUGGAGGCAGAGAGAGAGAGGGCAGCGGGAGGCCGGCGGGGAAGGAGCCCGCCAUGGAGCCUGUGACCAAGUGGAGCCCCAAGCAAGUGGUGGACUGGACCAAGGGUUUGGAUGAUUGUCUUCAACAAUAUGUCCCAAAAUUUGAACGAGAGAAGAUAAAUGGGGCUCAGCUGUUACAGAUUUCCCACCAGGAUCUUGAAGAGUUGGGCAUCACCCGGAUUGGGCAUCAGGAGCUUGUUCUAGAAGCUGUGGAUCUUCUCUGCGCACUGAAUUAUGGCCUUGAAACAGACAACAUGAAGAACUUGGUUCUGAAGUUACGAGCGUCUUCCAACAAUCUACAAAAUUACAUCGGUAGCCGGAGAAAAAGUUCGAAUUAUGAUGGAAAUACCUCACGCAAACCUCCAAAUGAAUUCCUUACCUCAGUGGUAGAACUCAUUGGUGCUGCUAAGGCUUUGUUGACGUGGCUGGACAGGACUCCAUUUACUGGGAUAGCUGACUUUAGUAUGACAAAGAACAAAAUCAUUCAGCUGUGCUUGGAUCUGACCACCACUGUUCAGAAGGACUGUCUUGUAGCUGAAAUGGAAGAUAAAGUUCUCAGUGUGUCCAAGGUUUUAAAUGGUAUUUGUGAUAAGACAAUCAGGUCAACAACGGAUCCAUUGAUGAGCCAAGGAGCAUGUCUUGAGGAGGUUCAUUUAACCAAUAUCAAACCGGGGGAAGGCCUGGGAAUGUAUAUAAAAUCUACUUACGAUGGAUUGCAUGUUGUUACUGGAACAACAGAAAAUUCCCCUGCUGAUAGGUCUCAGAAAAUCCAUGCUGGUGAUGAAGUGAUUCAGGUGAAUCGGCAGACUGUGGUGGGAUGGCAAUUGAAGAAUCUCGUGAGGAAGCUCCGUGAGAAUCCUUCUGGUGUUACUUUGCUAGUGAAGAAACGUCAUACAGGCUCUUUUAAUUUUACUCCUGCCCCACUAAAAAACCUAAGGUGGAAACCACCACUAGUUCAGCAGACCAGUCCUCCGCCAACAACUCAGUCUCCAGAGAGCACCAUGGAGACUACUUCACUGAAGAAAGAGAAGCCUGCCAUUCUGGACCUCUACAUACCUCCACCACCAGCUAUUCCAUAUGCUCCUCGGGAUGAAAAGGGAAGUUUUGUUUAUGGAGGAGGAAAUAAGCCGAAGCAGCCCCUACCCGGUUCCAAAGGUGCCGAAUCUCCCAAUUCUUUCCUGGAUCAGGAGUGUAGGAGGCGAAGGUUUACUCUUACCGAUUCUGAUCCACUGCCUGGCCAUCCAAUGGAAGCAAAUAUUCUACCAGCAAAGAUGAGGGAAAAAACCCAGUCCUAUGGAAAGCCUCGACCAUUGUCAAUGCCAGCAGAUGGGAACUGGGUGGGAGUGGUAGAGCCUUUCUCGAAGCCAAGAGCAAUGGGGAGAAAAGGUGAAAAUGUUCUCUGCCGGUACUUCAGCAACGAGAGAAUCCCACCUAUAAUUGAAGAAAGUACCCCGCUGCAGCAUCAGUUUUCCAGACCUAUGGCAGAAAGGCAGUUAGUCAGAGGUGCAGACUACAUCAGAGGAAGUCGGUGUUUUGUUAAUGUGGAUCUUCACAAUAGUGCCACCAUCCCUUUCCAGGAGGAUGGUGCCAAAAAAUCGUCUGUGCCCCCUUCCUCUACAAAAUCCUCCUCCACAGAACCUUCCCUGCUGGUCAGUUGGAUCACAAGGCUGAAGCUAUUGACUCACUGAGUUCACUGACUGGAUUGUGAUUAUUUUGUGGCGAGGAAGAGAUAUUUUACCAAGUGCCUUUUCUUCUUCAUCACCCCUAAGUCAAGAAGCUCUGCAUUAUCUACAGAGUUAUUUAGUAGUUAACACAUUUUAUUUUAUUUAUCUCCCCAGAGAAGCUUGCUGUUUUCCCUGAUGUUGCUGUCUCAAAUUCACUGGAAUUGGAGAGAGAGAGAGAGGUGUGUGUGUGUGUGUGUGUGUGUGUGUGUGUGUGUGUGUGUGUAGAGGGAUGUGUGGAAAAGAAAACAUAAAAUGUAGGUUUUUCUUUUACCUGCUCAAGAAUGGAGGAGAAUUCAUUCCUCUGAAGAGAACUGAUCAAGUUUGACUGAUUCUGAGGUGGCUGAUGACCUGAAAACGGCGUGACCUAUGCAGAAGCAUUCUUUGCAUUGUAAUGAGGCCUGGUGGCACUUCAUUUGCCACAAUGCUCUCAAUGUCGUGCAACCUACUGGAUGUGCAGCCGAUGUAGCACUCAGCAAAAACCCUGAGCUGCAAUCCUAAGCAAGAAAAAAGAAGAGGAGGAGACGUCAUCCCCCCCCUUCCUUUUAAACGAUGUGGUGUGUGCCGCAAGUGACUGCAGACGACUCAACUCUAAGGAAUAAAAAGACAGUUUCUUCCUUUGUUCUGACAAGCUACAAAUGUGAGCCUUUUCUGGUUGAUACCCCAGUUGUUAAAAUUUUAGUGCAGUUCAACUAUUCUUCCUUGAAUUGCUGCAGUGCUCAUCUAAUUAAGAUAUGGAUUGCUACAACAUGCCAAGGAAAUGCGUCUCUAGGGACAAUGGUAAAAAUGAAUAUAUCUUACUAUUUUUUUUAAAUCCACAAAUGAUUAAGACUGAUUAGCUGUUAACCAAAGUGUUCUGAAAAGAACUCCUGCAGGGUUCUUGUGCAUCCCUAGUAGUUCAAAAUUGAACUAGUUUGAUCAUAUUUGUGCUUUAAAGACUGACUUGUGAUAAAUUAACACUUUUGUAAGACAGUUUGCUCUCUUAAGCCAUUGGCUGAAAAACUACUUUGCCCUCAUUGAUUUAGUUAUGUUUGGUGGGAAUUGGGGUGGUCUGUGGAAUGGAAAACUUGGAAAAGUGUUUGGAUGUUAAUGUAGAGAAGAAAUUUUGUUAGAGAUCCACAAAAAACAUACUGUUUAAAAUAAUUUAAAAGUUUUUAA